UUGUCCUGCAAGGCGUCCUGCAUGAACAGUACGGCCGGAUUACUUCGCUCGUCUCAUUCUGCGCGAGAACAAGAGGAAGAGCACCAUCAGCAUCGACAAGAAACGCUUCUCCAUCUCCUUCCCAAAUUGCCAUCCAUUAUUUAUACUCCCUCCCCCUCUCGCUUCUCCUAUGCCUUACUCUUUGCAGGUGGUCGCCGCGGCUCCAUGGCGAACGAGCUCCCGAGGACCGGUAGUAGCCGGAGCUGGGCCGACAGCUUCCGGGACGCCUCCGGCGUCUUCCUCAAAAGCGAAUCAAGCGACGACGAGGAGGACCUGCGACAGGCGGCACUGGAGAAGCUGCCGGCCAACGGCCGCGCGCGGAAGGGGGUCGUGCGGCCGGACGUGGCGGAUUUCAGCGGUGAGGUUGAACUCCGGCGCCUCGGACUCCACGAGAAGAAGCUUCUGCUGGAGAAAAUCUUCAAGGUGGUGGAGGAGGACAACGAGCGGUUCCUCAAGCGCCUCCGAGAACGAAUCGACCGGGUGGGAUUGGAACUUCCGAAAAUUGAGGUUCGAUACCAGAAUCUGUCACUGGAGGCAGAUGUUUAUGUUGGUAGCAGAGCUCUUCCUUCCCUGUGGAAUACCACCCUGAACAUCUUAGAGGGUUUUUUUGGUCUUCUGCAACUCUCUCCAUCCAAGAAAAGGACUAUAAAUAUUCUUGACAAUGUCAGUGGGAUACUGAAGCCGUCAAGGAUGACUUUGCUUCUUGGACCUCCAGCAUCAGGGAAGACAACACUCUUGCUUGCACUAUGUGGGAAACUUGAUAAUUCUCUUAGGAAAUCAGGUAGAAUUACAUAUUGUGGCCAUGAACUAUCAGAAUUUGUUCCCCAGAGAACUUGUGCAUAUAUCAGUCAAUUAGACCUUCACAAUGGAGAGAUGACAGUUCGAGAAACCCUUGACUUCUCUGGACGGUGUUUGGGUGUGGGUACAAGGUAUGAGAUGUUGUCAGAAUUGUCAAGACGGGAGAGAUAUGCUGGAAUUAAGCCAGACCCUGAAAUUGAUGCUUUCAUGAGGGCUACAUCAAUCAAGGGGCAGAAAACCAGUAUAGCAACAGAUUAUAUCCUGAAGGUACUUGGUCUGGAUAUUUGCGCAGACAUCCUUGUUGGUGAUGAAAUGAGAAGAGGCAUCUCUGGGGGACAAAAAAAGCGAAUGACCACUGGAGAGAUGUUGACUGGUCCUGCAAGAGCAUUGUUCAUGGAUGAAAUAUCUACUGGACUUGACAGCUCUACCACUUUUCAGAUAGUCAAGUUCAUCAGACAAAUGGUUCAUGUCCUGGAUGGAACAGUGUUGAUCUCUCUUCUACAACCUGCACCUGAGACAUUUGAACUUUUUGAUGAUGUUAUAUUACUUUCUGAGGGACAAAUCAUAUACCAAGGUCCUCGAGAGAAUGUUCUUGAGUUCUUUGGAUCUCUUGGUUUCAAAUGUCCUGAAAGGAAAGGGGUCGCAGAUUUUCUUCAAGAGGUAACUUCAAGAAAGGAUCAAGAACAGUACUGGUAUGUCAAGGACCAACGUUACCGUUAUAUUUCAGUUUCAGAGUUUGUGCAGCAUUUUAAAUCAUUUCAUGUUGGAAAACGGCUUUCAGAGGACCUAGUUGUUCCUUUUGAUAGAAGGAAAGCACAUCGUGCUGCACUCACUAGAGAAAAAUAUGGCAUUUCUAAAUGGGAACUUCUCAAGGCUUGCUUGUCAAGAGAAUGGUUGCUAAUGAAACGCAACUCAUUUCUCUAUGUUUUCAAAACUACCCAAAUAACCAUACUUUCAUUGAUAGCCAUGACUGUGUUUCUAAGAACUACAAUGCAUCAUAACACAAUUGCCGAUGGUGACAAGUUCUAUGGCUCAUUGUUUUACAGUUUGGUCAAUGUGAUGUUUAAUGGGAUGGCAGAUAUAUCAAUGACCAUCUACAAGUUGCCAGUUUUCUAUAGACAAAGAGAUUUCUUAUUUUUCCCACCAUGGGCUUUUGGAUUGUCAUAUUGGCUCCUGAAGAUUCCUCUAUCCUUGUUGGAAUCUGGAAUCUGGAUUAUCCUGACAUACUACUCAAUUGGUUUUGCUCCCUCCGUCGGACGUUUCUUCCGUCAGUUCCUAGCACUUUUCCUUGUACACCAAGUGUCUCUCUCUCUUUUCCGCUUUAUUGCCGCAGCUGGAAGAACUAUGGUUAUGGCCAAUACAUUUGGAACAUUUGCUCUACUUAUUGUGUUUGUUCUAGGAGGAUUCGUCGUCUCUAAAGAUGAUAUCAAGCCUUGGUGGAUCUGGGGUUACUGGAGUUCUCCGAUGAUGUAUGGGCAAAAUGCAAUAGCUAUUAAUGAGUUCCUUGACCAUAGAUGGAACACUCCAAACAAUGACACCAAUGUCAAUGCACCAACAAUAGGAACAGCCAUUCUAAAAUCUCGAGGACUGUUUGUUGAUGGUUAUUGGUAUUGGAUUUCUAUCGGAGCACUUGUAGGCUUUGCCCUUCUCUUCAAUAUGUUGUUUAUACUUUCACUUACCUUUUUGAACCCUAUUGGAAGUUCUCAACAUUUUGUCAUUGAUGAGGAAUCAGAAAGUAACAAAAGAAAGAAUUUGUUAGCAGACAAAGACCAGAGUUUUGAACUGAUAAGAAGUAGCUGGAAAUCUGCUACACCUGAUUUAGAAGCUGCUGGUCGAAGAAACAGCUUGGAGAUUGAGAGUUUCAAUUCUUCAGUUCAUCCAGCUAGGAGGGGAAUGGUGCUGCCUUUUCAGCCACUUUCUCUUGCUUUCAGACAUUUGAACUACCAUGUUGAUAUGCCUACAGAAAUGAAGAACCAAGGAGUCAAGGAAGAUCAUCUCCAAUUGCUAUCUAAUGUAAGUGGUGCAUUGAGGCCUGGUGUGCUGACAGCAUUGGUUGGAGUAAGUGGAGCAGGAAAGACUACCUUAAUGGAUGUUCUGGCAGGAAGAAAAACUGGUGGUUAUAUUAAAGGCCGUAUCAGCAUUUCUGGCUAUCCUAAAAAGCAAGAGACGUUUGCUCGGAUUAGUGGUUACUGUGAACAAAAUGACAUCCACUCACCUUAUGUGACUGUUUAUGAAUCGCUUGUAUACUCUGCUUGGCUGCGUCUUGCCCCCGAAAUAGACAAGGAAAUACGAGAGAUGUUUGUGGAGGAGGUCAUGGAGUUAGUUGAACUGGAUGUAAUGAGAGAUGCUUUGGUUGGAGUUCCAGGGAUUGACGGUUUAUCAACAGAGCAGAGAAAAAGACUCACAAUUGCUGUUGAGCUGGUCGCAAAUCCAUCCAUUAUUUUCAUGGACGAGCCAACAUCAGGUCUAGAUGCUAGAGCUGCAGCCAUAGUCAUGCGGACAGUGAGAAACACAGUGAACACUGGACGAACUGUUGUUUGUACAAUCCACCAACCAAGCAUAGACAUAUUUGAAUCUUUCGAUGAGCUACUUUUGAUGAAGAGGGGAGGUCAAAUUAUAUAUGCUGGAGCAAUUGGGCAUCACUCUCGCAAGGUUAUAGAAUACUUUCAAGCAGUUCCUGGGGUUCCUAAGAUUAAUGAAGGCUAUAACCCUGCAACAUGGAUGCUGGAAGUAACUUCUCCUUCAGUUGAAGAUAGCAUUAAUGUGGAUUUUGCUCAAGUAUACGCUCACUCCUCUCUUUGCCGGAAAAAUAAACAACUUAUCAAGGCACUGUUUGUUCCUUCAGUGGAUUCAGAGGACUUGCAUUUUCCAACGAAAUAUGCCCAGAGUUUUGGUACUCAAUGCAUAGCUUGUUGUUGGAAACACUACUGGUCAUAUUGGAGAAACCCACAAUAUAAUGGUGUCCGGUUCUUCAUUACAAUAGUCAUCGGCCUUAUUUUUGGCACCAUGUUUUGGCAAAAGGGUGACAAUAUAAACAAGGAACAAGAUGUUUUGGAUCUAGUUGGAGCUAUAUAUGCUGCUAUUUUCUUUCUUGGAGCCACCAAUGCUAUGACAGUGCAACCAGUUGUGGGUAUUGAAAGGACUGUCUUUUAUCGUGAACGAGCAGCAGGGAUGUAUUCGGCCCUGGCUUAUGCGUUUGCUCAAGUUAACGUCGAGAUGGUAUACGUACUGGCACAGGGGCUGAUCUACACCCUGCUCCUCUUCCCCAUGAUUGGCUUUGGCUGGCACACAAGCAACUUCCUUUGGUUCUUAUUCUUCAUUAUAGCAUGUUUUUCCUACUUCAUUCUCUAUGGUAUGAUGGUGGUAGCACUCACACCUAACCACCAAGUCGCGGCAAUCCUCUCAAGUUUCUUCUACACCUUCUGGAACUUGUACGCAGGCUUCCUAAUAACCCGACCGUCAAUGCCUGUAUGGUGGAGGUGGUAUUGCUGGGGUGACCCUGUAGCUUGGACGAUAUAUGGUCUUGUGGCAUCCCAACUUGGACAGAACGACAAAUCGAUUGAGAUCCCCGGAGAAAGCAAUGUUACAGUGAAGCAAUUCCUGAAACACUACUUUGGCUAUCAACAUAGUUUCCUUGCCUAUGUUGCUUUGGCUCACUUGGCUUUCAUCCUCCUCUUCUUCUUCCUCUUUGUUUACUGUAUCAAGUACCUCAACUUCCAGAAAAGAUGAGAAAAGUAAGAAAUCGUCGGGGCACGUUUGGAAUUAACAUAUUACUCUGAUAAAUAAGAGGAGAGCAUGCAUCACUACUAUCAUAGCCAUAGCCCUUGCUGAAUUUGCCAAAGAAAAUGAUGUAUUGGCACUAUGGAUGAUUCAUCAAGAAGAGUUCUGCUUGUUGCUCUUUUCUUGUGCCUAUUUUGCUUCAGGUUGUUUUACGGAUGUAACUUUUGUAAGUUUGUGGUGAAGUGGUGAACACAUGGAUUGUAAGUUCAAAUAAGAAUGUGUUUCAGUUUACCAUGAAGGUAACAAGAGGGACUGUGUAUCGAUAUUGUUUGUAUACAUUAGUUAUGUUUGAGUUGAUCCA